CCGUUUGCACAAAUGUCACACUGGUUUGACACAAAUCAGAUGUUUGUGCUGAUAUCGCAGUGUCAGCGGAAUUUGCGUUUGUUGAAAGAGAUAAACUGUGAGUGAGAAUAUUGAAAUUGUUUGUGUCAAUAGAAUUGGCUAUGGAUUGUAGAUAAAAACGAUAAAUUCCGCCACAAAAAGGUGCACCAUCGAUUUUACUACAAAAAGACAGUGGAAGUAACACGAUCCGAAACAGGAAUUGAUGAACAAAAGUGUGUUUGAAGCAUCUGAAAGGCAAGCUCGUCGUUGUUGCACGAAGUAAAGGGGAUUUAUGUCAAAAAAUUGACACGAUUUAUUCUGCAACACCACCAGAACCCACCAUGAAGGAGUAUUACAAGUGCAAGCGAUGCUAUUCCGAGCUGUCCGUGCGCCGAAUUGCUCGGCAUCACACCAAAGUGCAUCCAGAUGUGCCACAUGAUUUUUAUCUGGAUCAUUUUUUCGAUCUCGAGCGGCCACUCUACAAAUGUGACUUUUGUUCAUGCAAAAUGUCGGAAAAAAGACUCAUCAAACACUUGCAACGAGCCCACCUGUUUGACAAUCAUCCAUUCAAAGCGAAGACAUUGCCGUUUACACAAGCAGUUCCGGCGGCCAACUCAAGCCGAACAAUACCCGUGGUCGAAUUGAGCAGUGAUUCCGAAGUAGAGAUAUUGCUGGCAAAAAAAUUGAAACGAUUGGUUGAUGCAGCAGUUCAAUGCGAUGGCAUUGGAGGCCGAUUGGACGAUAGGUGCGUCGGCACAUAUCACAAAAUGAAAGAAGCAGUUGUCAAUUCGGAACAAAAAAAGUGCAAUGACGUCGGUACACAAACGUCGAAGGGAAAACACGUGAGCCCGGUCAAGAAGCACAUGCAAUUUAGUCUCGAAUAUGACAAAGAUGAUGGAUGGUUGGAACUAGUUUUAAGCUAGCAUAUGCACGAAAAAAUAUUAUUUAAUUAAUAGAAAAAAAAACAUUUAUUUAAUGGAUUUGAAAAAAAGUAGAUUUGGAUGGUUUUUAUUGAAUUGUUAUCGAUAUAUGGAAAUGCAAUAAUAAUUAAUUAACUAAAGAAUUGUUGUUAAGAACGCUGACGACUUUUUUUUUGGAUUUGAUGAUAUUCAUAUAAACCUUUUAACGUUAUUAUAAAUUGAGGGGAAAAAAAUUUCCAACAUUAAGCUUGGAAAAACUUGCUUGAUUUAAUAAAUCGAAUCGUAGAACAAAA